AUGAAGCCUUCCUCCAUGCUCCUGCUGCUUUGGGCUCUUCCCCUGCUGACAGCCGUGUCGGGCCAGCCCAACUACAUCCCUGACGAGCCCUGGGUCAACGUGUACCGGCAGGGCUUCAACUUCCAGUGCCGCCACGGCGAGGUUCUGGUGGCUAUCCGGAGCUACUUCAGCGAGGAGGAGGGCUCCGACCGCCUCUGGACUUUCGAGUGCCAGCCAACGCCGCAGGGCCUUGGGGAGCCCACUGAGUGCUGGUGGGACGACAUUAACCGUGCUGGGAUGGAGUGGACCUCCACGUGUUCUAACAAUGGCCUGGUGGCGGGGGUUCAGAGCCAGUACUUUGGAGCAGUGCUGGACCGAGAGUGGCAGUUCUACUGCUGCAGGUACAGCCGAAGGUGUCCCUACUCCUGCUGGAAGACCAAUGAGAUCCCAGAAUACUACAGAGAAGAAGGGGAGAUGGUCAUCCCAAGCUAUGGCUACUUCAUCAGGGGGGCGCAAACAACGUUCAGUGGAAUUCUCAGAGACCGACAGUGGAAGUACAUUUUGUGCAGAAUGACCGACUUUGACUGUGAGUUUGAGAAUUUCUAA